AUGUCGGUCUUUUUCAAGGCUAUCGGCGACGACAAUCCCGUCAAGAAGGGAGAGGCCGAAGCUAUAUUGGAUAGUAUUGGCGUGAAUAUAGACGAAAAAGAUGCAGACGACUAUCAUGUGCUUCUGGCUGCGGUACAUGAUGUAGCGGAUCAUCUCAUGGACUUGCCCGAUUACCAACCUAUUCCUGACAAGAAGAAAUACCCACGUGAGAAUAUCCGUGUCCCAUCAUCCUCAGAGCAAGAUUUCGGCCACGCCUGGGCUCACAGGUUUCUUAUCAAGGGCAAUCCCGAGGGCGAGUCUCUGGGAGGCAGAACAUUUUGUUUGAAGGACUGCAUAGCCGUAGCGGAUGUCCCACAAUUUUUCGGCAGCGAUGCCUUUCCAGCCUGGACUCCCUCCACAGAUGCGACAAUCGUAACCAGGAUUUUAGAUGCCGGCGCUGAUAUUCACGGUACAGCUGUCUGCGAAAGUUUCUGCAACUCUACUUCUUCCUUCACAAGCGCGCAGGGGACAAUCGAGAACCCCCAUCGAAAUGGAUACUCAGCGGGUGGAAGUACGUCAGGAGGCGCCGCCCUGGUUGCUGGUGGAGUGAUGGAUUUUGCACUUGGCACCGAUCAAGGAGGCUCAAUCAGGGUUCCAGCUUCUUUGUGUGGCUGUGUUGGCUUGAAGCCAACACACGGGUUGGUUCCAUACACCGGCGUCACCUCAGGGGAUGCUAUCGACGACCACACAGGACCAAUUGCACGAUCCGUUACAGAUGUUGCCGUCUGCCUCGAUGCCGUAGCAGGUUAUGAUGGAAUUGAUGAUCGAUCCCUUGGUUCCUCGGCUCAUGGCUCCUUCGGGUUCGUGGAAAGCCUUAAGCAAACAAGUUCAGUCGACCUGAGUGGCCUUAAAAUAGGUAUCCUCAAGGAAGGAAUAAGUCAUUCUAUCAUGCAACCAGGCGUAAGGGAUUUGUUUCUCAACGCAGCCAAGAGGCUGGAGCAGCUUGGUGCUAUAGUUGAGGAAGUAUCGGUUCCCCUACACUUGGAGGGCCCUGCUGUAUGGACCGUACAGCAACGCAUCUCUGGUGCAGCUGGGGUCCUGGGACAGGCACACGGACGAAGGGGUCUAUCUCUUACAGAGUUCGAGCAAGCGCGGUUGCCGUGGACUUCGGACAACUUUGCGAAGCUCUUCCCAUCUACUAAGAAUACAGUCAUCAACGGCCUUUAUCUGUCAAAACGCUUCCCUGGUCUUUACGGCAAAACGGUGAAUAUUGGCAGGCGGAUCCGCGAUGCCUACGAAGAGAAAUUCCAAGAGUACGAUGCUCUCAUCAUGCCGACGACUCCCUACGUGGCGCCAAAACAUGGCACACGAGAUUCUCCACGAACUUGUUUCGAGCCUAGUAUUGGCUUGACUUCAAAUACGGCGAUAUUCAAUGUGACGGGACAGCCGGCUCUAUCAAUUCCUAUCGGGUUCGCUCCAGCUAGGGAGGAUCCCGAUGUAUCAUUGCCUAUCGGAAUGCAGAUUGUAGGGGGUUUGUGGCAAGAAAAGAAGAUCUUACAAAUAGGCCACGCUUGGGAGUCUAAGUUUGACUGGAAAACAAUCAGAUACAGCAGGUCUAACCCGCCUAAAGAGGAGGCCGAGACAGGAAUUCCGAAGGGCAUUAACAUGAACGGAAAACGGCCAUUCCAGGUAGAAAUUGAAAGCGCGACGCUCACUAAUGUCGCUGCUUAA